AAAAAUAAAUUAAUGAACAUAAUAGGUGCUCUUUAAAUGUCCACGAAAUUAUCAUGUCAGGGAAAUGUGUCAGGUGUAGUGUAAGGACAAAUCUGGACACGGAUCCGCAACAUAAACACGCCUGAAAAGAAUAUUGUGACCGUUUGUCUCCAAUGAGGUGAUUGUAUGGCACCUACCCUAACACUGGAGUGACACUAUUAUGAAGUAAUAGUCACGCCUUAUAGAUCGCUCGAGUUCAAGAAAUGCUGAACAGCAAGAUGCCGCCACCGGGGAAAUGCUCUUCCCGGGGCCGUUUUUCUAGUUCUGUCAUUGAAUUAGACAUGCUAUGCCAGACAAGAUUACCAUCAUCACGAACUCUGCUUUCUGAUAGGCAGCUGGCAAAGUUGAGUUCUCGUGGCAAAGAUUCGGGGGUUCAGCCUGGUCCAGCAUUCAGCGACACGGAUAUGAGAGUGUCAUCACUGGAGAGGGAUAUUCAGUUCUUAAUCCAGGAGCACAGCCACACCCUGAAGCAACUUCAUGCUGAAAUAGAUAGUCUUAAACGUCAAAACAAAGAACUGCAGCUCAAGCUGAUCAUGGAGCCCCUGAAGUCAUGCAGAAAAGGCUCAAGCCACAGAGGUCCAAGGCCUCGACCAGAGGGCCAGAGGUUCCUGCCAGAGAGAGGAAUCAUCCUGGAGCAAGAUCCUGGUCUACCACAAGACAGGACUGCUCUCAGUGUUCCUGGAAAUUCUGCGGUUCCCCCUGGAGGCGCUGAAGGCCCCAACCCAUCCAGACAUGGAAGCGGUUCGGAGCUGAUGGGGGGUCUCAUCACCUCCCUGCAGCCUCUAAUGAUCCACUGCAGCCCCUCACAGCCCCCACGACCCCCCACCCUGCAGGAGUGUGAGGUCAUCAUACGUCAGCUGUACAAUGCCAACAGUCUGCAGUCCCAGGAGAUUUUGCACAUCAAGGCAGUCCUAAGAGAUAUCAUCUUCAGUAGGAAGAUCAGCCCAGAAAACUACAUCAUAACAAAAGCCUACCUUGGCAGCGGUGACAGAGCUGGCGACAAAGCAAGGUUUCCAAGUCUACCUCUCCGACAACUCCCAAAGAGAAUCCCAGUUACCCAGCUAAGUUUGGCUAAGAGAGUGAUCCUUCCUGCCCUGAGGCAAAGUCAGGGCACCAACAACGCAGAGAGACAGAGAAGAACACAAGCUUUCAGGGGACAUCUGAAGAGGACUGUGCACAAAGACAGCACCCAAAGGGCAACAGCUGCCUUAAAGUAUCCAUACAACUUCAACACAGGCUAAAGGAUGCCUCAGGCUAUCAUUACAGAUUUUAUGCAUGACUGAUAUUAAAUUGCAUACAUCAUGAAUGAAUUAAUGAUUGUA